CGCUUCAGCGGAGAGAGUAAGCUGACCUAGAAAACAUGGCUACUGCAAUUAGGGAUGUGGGCGUUUGGAGACAGACCAGAACACUUCUUCUGAAGAAUUACCUCGUCAAAUGCAGGACUAAAAAGAGUAGUGUUCAGGAAAUUCUUUUUCCUCUAUUUUUCUUAUUUUGGCUGAUAUUAAUUAGCAUGAUGCAUCCAAAUAAGAAAUAUGAAGAAGUAUCUGAUAUAGAACUCAGCCCUAUGGACAAAUCCAUCCUUUCCAACCUUAUCCUGGGGUACACUCCAGUGACUAAUACUACAAGCAGCGUCAUGCAGAGAGUUUCUACCGAUCAUCUUCCCGACGUUCUAGUUACUGAAGAAUACGCCAGUGAGAAGGAGCUGCUGGCAUCCAGUUUGUCUAAGCCCAGCAACUUCGUGGGUGUGGUUUUCAAAGACGUCAUGUCCUAUGAACUGCGGUUUUUUCCUGAUAUGGUUCCAGUGUCUUCUGUUUAUAUGGAUUCAAGAGCAGGCUGUUCAAAGUCAUGUGAUGCUGCUCAGUACUGGUCUUCAGGGUUUACAGCUUUACAGGCCUCAAUAGAUGCUGCCAUUAUACAGUUGAAGACCAAUGUUUCUCUGUGGAGGGAGCUGGAGUCAACCAAAGCUGUCAUCAUGGGGGAAGCUGCGGUCGUGGAGAUUGACACCUUCCCACGAGGGGUCAUCCUCAUCUACCUCGUCAUAGCCUUCUCGCCCUUCGGGUACUUUCUGGCAAUUCACAUUGUAGCAGAAAAGGAAAAGAGGUUAAAGGAGUUUUUAAAGAUAAUGGGACUUCACGACACUGCUUUUUGGCUGUCCUGGGUUCUUCUGUACACGAGUUUGAUCUUCCUUAUGUCCCUUCUUAUGGCCGUCAUUGCAACAGCGUCCUCGUUAUUCCCUCAGAGUAGCAGCAUCGUGAUUUUUCUGCUCUUCUUCCUGUACGGAUUGUCAUCUGUGUUUUUUGCUUUAAUGUUGACGCCUCUUUUUAAAAAAUCAAAGCACGUGGGAGUCGUUGAGUUUUUUGUCACCGUGGUGUUUGGCUUUGUCGGCCUGUUGAUAGUCCUCGUAGAAAGUUUCCCCAGGUCGCUAGUGUGGCUCUUCAGUCCUUUGUGUCAGUGCGCCUUUCUGAUUGGGAUUGCACAGGUCAUGCAUUUAGAAGAUUUCAAUGAAGGAGCCUUAUUUUCUAGUUUGACUGAAGGCCCCUACCCGCUAAUUAUCACCCUUACCAUGCUCGCUCUGGACAGUGUGUUCUAUGCCCUGCUGGCUGUGUACCUUGAUCAGGUCAUCCCAGGGGAAUUUGGCUUGAGGAGGUCAUCUUUGUACUUCCUAAAGCCAUCAUAUUGGUCAAAAAACAAAAGGAACUAUAAGGAGCUAUCAGAGGGCAACAUCAAUGGGAAUAUUAGUCUCAAUGAAAUUGUUGAGCCCGUUUCUUCAGAAUUUAUAGGAAAAGAAGCUAUAAGAAUAAGUGGUAUUCAGAAAGCCUAUAGGAAGAAGAAUGAGACCGUGGAGGCUUUGAGAAAUUUGUCGUUUGACAUCUAUGAAGGCCAGAUUACUGCUCUGCUGGGCCACAGUGGAACAGGAAAAAGCACACUAAUGAAUAUUCUGUGUGGACUGUGCCCACCUUCUGAUGGGUUUGCUUCUAUAUAUGGACACAGAGUCUCUGAAAUAGAUGAAAUGUUUGAAGCGAGGAAAAUGAUUGGCAUAUGUCCACAGUCAGAUAUGAACUUUGAUGUUCUGACAGUAGAAGAAAAUUUAUCAAUUUUGGCUUCAGUCAAAGGAAUACCAGCCAACAACAUAAUUCAGGAAGUACAGAAAGUUUUACUGGAUUUGGACAUGCAAGCCAUCAAAGAUAAUCAAGCGAAAAAACUAAGUGGUGGCCAAAAGAGAAAGCUGUCUUUAGGAAUUGCAGUUCUUGGGAAUCCAAAGAUCCUCCUGCUAGAUGAGCCGACAGCAGGAAUGGACCCCUGCUCUCGCCACAUUGUUUGGAAUCUUCUCAAGUACAGGAAGGCUAACCGAGUGACAGUCUUCAGCACUCACUUCAUGGAUGAGGCCGACAUUCUUGCCGACAGGAAAGCUGUCAUAUCACAAGGAAUGCUGAAAUGUGUUGGUUCUUCAAUUUUCCUGAAAAGUAAAUGGGGAAUCGGCUACCGUCUGAGCAUGUAUAUAGACAGGUACUGUGCCACAGAGUCGCUCUCGUCGCUGGUUAGACAGCACAUCCCUGCGGCCGCUCUGCUGCAGCAGAAUGACCAGCAGAUUGUCUAUAGCUUGCCCUUCAAAGACAUGGACAAAUUUUCAGGCUUGUUUUCUGCUCUAGACAUUCAUUCAAACCUGGGUGUAAUUUCUUAUGGUGUUUCCAUGACGACAUUGGAAGACGUGUUUUUAAAGCUAGAAGUUGAAGCAGAAAUUGACCAAGCAGAUUAUAGUGUAUUUACCCAGCAGCCACGGGAGGAAGAAACAGAUUCAAAGUCUUUUGAUGAAAUGGAACAGAGUUUACUUAUUCUCUCUGAAACCAAAGCUUCUCUAGUGAGCACCAUGAGUCUCUGGAAGCAGCAAGUAUCUACAAUAGCAAAGUUUCAUUUCCUCUCACUGAAGCGAGAAAGCAAAUCAGUGCGCUCUGUGUUGCUUCUGCUUUUAAUUUUUUUUGCAGUUCAGAUUUUUAUGUUUUUGGUCCAUCAUUCUUUUAAAAAUGCUGUGGUUCCCAUCAAGCUCGUUCCAGACUUGUAUUUUCUAAAACCUGGAGAUAAACCUCAUAAAUACAAAACAAGCCUGCUGCUUCAAAAUUCUACUGAUUCAGAUAUCAAUGAUCUUAUUGACUUUUUCACACAGCAGAACAUAAUUGUGGCCAUGUUUAAUGACAGUGACUAUGUGUCUGCUGCUCCUCAUAGUGCGGCUCUCAAUGUGGUGCAGUCAGAAAAGGACUAUGUUUUUACUGCUGUUUUCAACAGUACUAUGGUUUAUUCUUUGCCAGUAAUGAUGAACAUCAUUAGUAACUACUAUCUCUAUCAUUUAAAUGUGACUGACACUAUCCAGAUCUGGAGUACCCCGUUCAUUCAGGAAAUUACUGACAUUGUUUUUAAAGUUGAGCUAUAUUUUCAAGCAGCUUUGCUUGGAAUCAUUGUUACUGCAAUGCCACCUUACUUUGCCAUGGAAAAUGCAGAGAAUCAUAAGAUCAAAGCUUACACUCAGCUUAAACUUUCAGGUCUUUUGCCAUCCGCCUACUGGAUUGGACAGGCUGUGGUGGACAUUCCCCUGUUUUUUGUUGUUCUGACUUUGAUGCUGGGAAGUUUAUUUGCCUUUCAUCACGGACUGUAUUUUUAUCCUGUAAAGUUUCUUGCUGUGGUUUUUUGCCUCAUUGCUUAUGUGCCCUCGGUUAUUCUGUUCACUUAUAUAGCUUCGUUCACCUUUAAGAAAAUUUUAAAUACCAAGGAAUUUUGGUCAUUUAUCUAUUCUGUGACAGCAUUGGCUUGUGUCGCAGUCACGGAAAUAACUUUCUUUCUGGGGUAUGGAGUUACGGCUGUUUUUCAUUACACCUUCUGCAUAGCCAUCCCAAUCUACCCGCUCCUGGGUUGUCUGAUUUCUUUCAUAAAGGGUUCUUGGAAGAAUAUACCAAAAACUGAGAAUGCCUACAAUCCCUGGGACAGACUUUUAGUUGCUGUAAUCAUGCCCUACCUGCAGUGUGUACUGUGGAUUUUCCUCUUACAACACUAUGAGAAAAAACAUGGAGGCAGAUCAAUAAGAAAGGAUCCGCUUUUCAGGGCCCUCUCACAAAAAGCCAAACAUAAGAAGUUUCCAGAACCACCCAUCAAUGAGGAUGAAGAUGAAGAUGUCAAAGCGGAAAGGUUGAAGGUUAAAGAGCUGAUGGGUUGCCAGUGUUGUGAGGAGAAACCGGCCAUUAUGGUAUACAAUUUGCAUAAAGAAUAUGAUGACAAGAAAGAUUUCCUUCACUCAAGGAAAACAACAAAAGUAGCAACAAAAUACGUCUCUUUCUGUGUGAAAAAAGGAGAGAUCUUGGGACUGUUGGGUCCAAAUGGUGCUGGCAAAAGCACGAUUAUUAAUAUUCUUGUUGGGGAUGUUGAACCAACUUCAGGCAAGAUAUUUCUAGGAGAUUAUGGUUCACAUUCAAAUGAAGAUGAUGAAUCCACCAAGUGUAUGGGUUACUGCCCCCAGACAAACCCACUCUGGCCAGAUAUUACUCUGCAAGAACAUUUUGAAAUUUAUGGAGCUGUGAAAGGGAUGAGUUCAGGUGACAUGAAGGAAGUAAUCAGUCGAAUAACAAAAGCCCUUGAUUUGAAAGAACAUCUUCAGAAAACUGUAAAGAAACUCCCUGCAGGGAUCAAGCGAAAGCUGUGUUUUGCUCUCAGUAUGCUGGGGAAUCCUCAGGUGACACUGCUGGAUGAGCCGUCUACAGGUAUGGACCCCAGAGCCAAACAGCACAUGUGGCGAGCCAUUCGAACUGCGUUUAAAAACAAGAAGCGGGCUGCCCUCCUCACUACGCAUUACAUGGAAGAGGCGGAGGCUGUCUGUGACAGGGUGGCCAUCAUGGUGUCCGGGCAGCUAAGAUGCAUUGGAACAGUACAACAUCUAAAGAGCAAGUUUGGCAAAGGCUACUUUUUAGAAAUUAAACUAAAGGACUGGAUAGAAAACCUGGAAAUAGAUCGCCUUCAAAGAGAAAUUCAAUAUAUUUUCCCAAAUGCAAGCCGCCAAGAGAGCUUCUCUUCUAUUCUGGCUUAUAAAAUUCCAAAAGAAGAUGUCCAGUCUCUCUCACAGUCCUUUGCUAAGUUGGAGGAAGCAAAACACACUUUUGCCAUUGAAGAAUACAGCUUUUCUCAAGCAACCCUGGAACAGGUUUUUGUAGAACUUACUAAGGAGCAGGAGGAGGAAGAUAAUAGCUGCGGGACUUUAAACAGCACGCUCUGGUGGGAAAGAAGGCAGGAAGACAGAGUCGUGUUCUGAAUGUCUGCGCUCACCCCGCCUGCUGACCCUGAACUUACUCUUUUUUAUUUUGUUUUUCCUUCUUUUAUCUUAACUUUGAUUUUAAAAGUUUAUUACUUGAAUAGUCACAAAACAUGAAAGCACUUGGAAAUUUCCUAAACUCCUUAAUUUAUGCACCAUGGUUAUUUAUGUGUCUGGGUUUUCUUUAAAUAAAUGUGUGUGUAGUU